AUGGCAGACCCAAGCCCAUUGCUUCCAGUUUCCCAUUCUUUAGAACCCAACUACAGUCCCAUCCCAGAGGGGACCAGCUCCAGCGGAUGUCCGGCAACCCAUCUCCGACGAUCCUGGAAAGUACUCCUCGUGGUCUGUUCUGGGUUGUUUCUUGUUUCUUUAAUUUUAGCUAUAAUUAAUAAUAACAAUGGAGUUCAAUUACAACGUUUCCAAUCUUCACAAGAAGAUAGAAAUGUAUCUUUGGCAACGUCCAACGAAACGGCGAAACCGGAAACUCUGAUGCCCGCAGGAUCACGGGGGGUGUCGGCCGGUGUGUCAGAGAAGGCAAAUGUGAAUUUGAAGGGAGCUCAAGUGAAAGAUUAUCCGUGGAACAAUAGCAUGUUAUCAUGGCAGAGAUCUGCUUUCCAUUUUCAACCUGAAAAGAAUUGGAUGAAUGGUCCUUUGUAUUACAAGGGCUGGUACCACUUCUUCUACCAAUACAAUCCAAAUGCCGCAGUGUGGGGUGACAUAGUUUGGGGCCAUGCUGUAUCAAAAGACUUAAUCCAUUGGCUCCACCUCCCAUUGGCAAUGGCUGCCGAUGAAUGGUACGACAAGAACGGUGUCUGGACUGGCUCUGCCACAAUCCUCCCUGAUGGUAAAAUUGUAAUGCUGUACACUGGAUCCACUAAAGAGUUUGUUCAGGUACAAAAUCUUGCAUAUCCAGCUGACGACAAUGAUCCUCUCCUCCUUAACUGGGUCAAAUACUCUGGCAAUCCAGUUUUAGUCCCACCACCAGGCAUUGGUCCCAAGGACUUCCGUGACCCAACAACAGCUUGGAAAACUUCCGAAGGGAAGUGGCGCAUUAUAAUAGGAUCCAAAAUUAAUAAAACUGGCAUAGCUUUAGUCUAUGAUACUGAAGACUUCAUAAAUUAUGAGCUGUUGAGUGGGGUACUUCAUGCUGUCCCUAGAACUGGCAUGUGGGAGUGUGUGGACUUUUACCCUGUGUCAACAACAGGUCUAACUGGAUUGGAUACAUCGAUUGAUGGUCCUCAUGUGAAGCAUGUGGUCAAGACAAGCCUUGAUGAUGAUAGGCAUGAUUACUAUGCAAUUGGGACUUAUGAUGACAAGGCUGGAAAGUGGUAUCCAGAUAAUCCAGAGAUUGAUGUUGGUAUUGGUAUUAGGUACGAUUAUGGCAUAUUCUAUGCCUCCAAGACAUUCUAUGAUCAGAAUAAAGGAAGAAGAGUGUUGUGGGGCUGGAUUGGAGAGUCUGAUAGUGAAGUUGCCGAUGUAAAGAAAGGAUGGGCAUCGCUUCAGGGCAUUCCAAGGACAGUUUCGUUAGAUACAAAGACUGGUAGCAAUCUGCUUCAAUGGCCAGUCGAAGAGGUAGAGAGUUUGAGAUUAAGGGGCAAGGAAUUCAACAACGUAAAGGUUAACUCAGGGUCAGUUGUGCCGCUUGAACUCGACGGAGCCACACAACUAGACAUCGUUGCCGAGUUUGAGUUAGACAGGAAGGCUUUAGAGAGCACAGCUGAAUCCAAUUUGGAGUUCAGCUGCAGCACCAAUGGUGGGGCUAAUCACCGCGGUGCAUUAGGACCGUUUGGUCUUCUGGUUCUUGCAGAUGACAGUCUCACCGAGUCUACUCCCGUAUACUUUUUUGUUGCCAAAGGAAAUAAUGGAACACUCAAAACUUUCUUCUGCACUGACCAAUCAAGGUCUUCUGUGGCAAAUGAUGUUAGGAAAGAAAUUUAUGGAAGCUAUGUUCCUGUAUUAGAGGGUGAAAAGUUAUCAGUUAGGAUAUUGGUGGAUCAUUCAAUAAUCGAAAGUUUUGCACAAGGUGGUAGGACAUGCAUAACAUCCCGGGUUUAUCCGACAAGGGCAAUCUAUGGUGCUGCUAGGCUGUUUUUGUUCAACAAUGCUACCGAGGCCACUGUCACUUCCUCACUCAAGAUCUGGAAUAUGAAUUCUGCGUUCAUACGCCCAUAUUCUAAUCAACAACACUAG